AUGAGCGUUCAACCACUCGGUUCGGCGACGACGACAACUUCGCUUCGAGCUGCAUUGCCUGCCUCUAGGCGCUCUGCCUCUGCCUCUCCGUCCAAACCCGUGCGCACAAAGCAGCGUGCUGAGCCUUCCGCCAGCUCUCCUGCGAAGAAACGCAAAGUCGAACCUUCCGCUUUCGCCGUCAAGAGAAGGCCUGUGAACGCACCGACCUCCGCAGCUCGACGUGCGCCACCACACGACCUCUGCGCAUUCUGCUUGCAAUCCGCUGACCGGCCCAAGGGCGAUACACCCAAGUUGCUCAUUUCGUGCUACGAAUGCGGAAGUAGCGGACACCCUUCUUGCCUGAGGUGGGGCCGCAAUCCGACCAAAGUUCGCAAGGCUUUGUCUUACGACUGGAGAUGCAUCGAGUGCAAAAAGUGCGAGAUCUGUCGGGACAAAGGUGAUGAUGCUCAGCUCAUGUUCUGCGACCGCUGCGACCGCGGUUGGCAUCUCUACUGCUUGUCUCCUCCUCUCUCAAAACCUCCCAAGGGUCAAUGGCACUGCCCGACGUGCGAAGCAGGCGAUCAGCAUCAGUAUCAGCAAUGGCCACAGUCAGCACACCCAAUACCUACAGGCCUCACCACAGCAGCUCUGCACCCCGCCCCGACGCGACACUCGCCCGGUCAAACCCAAGCGGCGCGUAUCUCGAGUUCCGGCAGACCAAGCAAGCCUUCCAAUCCGGUUAGGAGCAUGGACUCGCUUCUGACUGCGCACGCCUCCCUACACAAGGGCAAGGAGGCGCAGCUGCAUGCGGGGCCCAACUUUGCCGUCAUGAAUACGCUCAAAAACGGUCUCCUUAGCGCCGCAGGUUCCCUUCUCAACCUCGCGCCCGGCUCUCCGUGGUCACCCCGCUCGAACAUCCAGCACAACGUCAUGCCUGCCACAUUGAACAGCUCAUCCUCCAAAAAGACCGCUGCGGGAAGUGGAAGCGCUAGAGGCGGCAAGCGCGGGCGUCCACGAAAGUCAGCCGGUGCGCCUCGUUCCAACGCAGGGUCGGCCUCAUAUCUGAACGGCGCUGGUGGGCCUUCUGGUAGCAGCAGAAAUGCCAUCGACGGCGGACAGGAUGGGUCAGACUCGUCCGACGGAGAACAUCCCUCCGAACGUGGGACGCGCGAUCGAGAGUCGGUAAAGGGGAAUGGCGACGACGAAGACGAGGAAGCAGCUGCCGAUCUUGACGCUGCCAAGAGCAACGAAGAGGAGGAUCCAUUUGGCGGUGUUCUCGAGGGGUCGGAUGCCCUCACCCUGCCCUACAAGCCUACACCUCAGGACAUGGAGCGCUUCCAGCGAGCCCAAAAAGCGGCGGAAGACAAGCUCGGGGGAACCCUGGCCAGCCUUCCGGGAGCGUCGGGCAGCCGCGUAAUCAGACGGUCAGGCCUCACAUCAGGCGGCAGCACGAGCUCCUUAGCAGCCUCGCCGCGCCAUCCGAGCUCCCUGCCUCCAGCCGACACACCCGUCAGCGGAUCUCGCAUCUCCCGUACACAGCUGAUCCCUCGACACUCACCUUCCGGCACGCCGGGACCAUCUCAAGUCAAAAUCACCACCGCAGCCAGCAGUGCAGAGACAGGCACCGCCUCGCCCAUCAAGUGCAUCCGUUUCGGCGACUUUGACAUCGACACAUGGUACCAGGCACCCUAUCCAGAGGAGUAUAGCAUGGUGCCUGAUGGACGCCUGUGGAUCUGCGAGUUUUGCCUCAAGUACAUGAAGAGCCGCUUCAUGGCGCAACGUCACAAGCUCAAGUGCAAGAUGCGAACGCCACCGGGUGAUGAAAUAUACAGGGACGGCAACAUCUGCGUGUACGAGGUGGAUGGGCGCAAGAACAAGAUAUACUGCCAGAAUCUUUGUCUCAUUGCCAAGAUGUUUCUCGACCAUAAGACGCUCUACUAUGAUGUCGAGCCGUUUCUGUUUUACAUUGUCACGGAAGGCGACAGUACCGGCGACCACUUUGUGGGCUACUUCAGCAAGGAGAAGCGCAGUCCGAUGAACUACAACGUGUCGUGCAUCAUGACGCUGCCUGUGCGUCAGAGGAGGGGAUGGGGCAACUUUUUGAUCGACAUCAGCUUCUUGCUGUCCAAGAAGGAAGGACGAACAGGCUCUCCGGAGAAACCGCUCAGUGACCUCGGGCUGCUCAGCUACCGUAACUACUGGACGCUGGCUGUCUUUUACUAUCUUCGGAUCGCCCCUGAUGAAGUGACGAUGGACGACAUUAGCCGCGGAACAGCGAUGCAGCUGGAGGACAUUUAUUACGUGCUUCUAGAGCAAGAUAUGAUCGUCGUCUACGACGGCAACAACGCACACAGUCGAACACCUGCGACGAGCAAGUAUCGCGCUAGGGAGGGCAUUGCCACCACGUCUGCUGCAGGCUCUACCCUGACUGCGAGCUCGUCGUCUGCUCCGCAGCCGCAACCGCGCAAACGUGGCAGGCCUCCUCUGCAUCCCAGACCGCCGCCGGCUGCAGAACUGCCUUCGUACAAGGACAGGGACAAGAACGCAGCGGCGUCUCUGCCGCGUGACUACCGCAUCCACUUCGAUCGUGACUACGUGAACGCCCAUCUGAAGAACUACGAAUCCAAAGGGUACCUCAAGGUCCGAGCCGACAAGCUCAAAUGGACGCCCUUCCUGGUGUCGAGGUCCUUCCCUCAGCCCAUUCCGAGCCUUGCCAACGGACACGGCAGCGUGUCGAGUGUGGGGCAGUCGAAUGGCACUCCGGGCCCGUCUGGGACUGGCACAUUUACGCCGGCAGAGAUGAUGGCGAAUCUGGGUUACUCGGUGCUCAACCAGGUGCAGAAAACACCGGGCAGAAGCGAUGGCACCAGCGCACGUGCGAGCCCAGCUGCGGCUGCGGGCCAGCGCUCGGUGGCACGAGCAUCUUCGACGGCGGCCGGACCGGGAGCGACCCAGGCAAGGGAUGCGCCUGGGCCCGACAGUCCGGGACCUUCUUUCAUCGCCACCCCUACACCAUCGCCUACUAAAAAGCGCCACCGCCCUGCUCCACCAGCUGGCAGUGCCCUGCAUGCAGCAGCUCUCGCGAGCGGGCAGCGCAAGUCGGAUGUUUUGAAGGAUGCGGCUAAUGAGGCAUCAGGUUCAACGAGCUCUGCAGAAGCAAGCAAGUCAUCCACAUCCACGAAAUCGCUGGAAUUCGGCGCCAGUGGCGAAGAUCCUGCAUCCGCUUGGGAUGAAGACUUAGAUGCAGACGGCGACUACGAAGCUGAUGUGUGCUCGCCGGUUGCUGCUGCUGCUGCCAGCAAUCUGAGGCAAGAGCAGACGAAGAAGCCUGCGCCGGAGCUCGCACGACUUCCCAUCGAUCCUGAACACCUUCGACGCGUGCUGGCGGCUAGUUCGCAUGCCUCUGGCAGUGCCUCCCUCCAAGCAGCUUCUCUAGCGCAACAUUCAAUGGGUACGUCGUGUCGCGGGAACGCCGGCAAUUAUAGCAUGGCUACACCCGAAGCGUACGAUCCUGAUCUGGAUCUGGGAGAUGAAGAUGCCGAUGGCAGCGACGAGGAUGCUCCCGGCAGCGACGACCCUGGUCUGGACGACAUCUAA